AUGAGCUCCCAGGGAUUCUCAUUUCCUCCCCCUCCUCCUCCCCCUCCUUCUUCUCAGCAACAGCAGCAACCUCCGUCAGCUUUUCCGUCCGGGCCUCCACAGUACGGUUACGGUUCUUAUGGUCAGCGAGGUGGACGAGGCGCUGGAGGGCACAACAGAGGCCGUGGCAGAGGGCUUGGGAAUCGAGGAGGUCGGGGAGGCUCCUUUGUUCCCCACCAUGCCAACCAUACCCCGACCUAUCCCUCUACUACGCCGUCUUCUUUCGGUUAUGGGUCGAUAAACUGUACCGGGUUUACACCUCAAUCUCAGCCUACUGUCUCUCGCAAUAUUCCGUCGACCCAGAUUGCGUCUUUAGGGUCCCCAGGUUUCCAACACCAGUCCAAUACAUCCUCGUAUGCUUCCCCGCAACACUUUUCGCAGCCGCCAGGCGUUCUCGGAUCUCCAUAUCAGCCACAAUCUGGCUAUGAUGCAUCUUACGCCCCCCAAAAUGCGCAAUCGGGUCCUCCAUACCCUUCUGUCGUGCAUUCAACUCAACAUAUCCCUCAACCAGUACAAGCACCGAUGAUGAGUCCUCCAAUGCGUUGGGGUUUUGAGACAUCACCACCUACAGGAGCAUUUGCUAGCUCUCGGCGUAGCAAUCAAUGGGCGCCGCGGCAAUCUAGCACACACCAGAACCAAUCUUUUGGUGGAAAUUCAAUGAAAUAUGGCGGAAAGCGGGAUCAUGCGUCGGCAUUUGGAGGAAAACCGCAAGCAGUUGCACCUCGCGUUCCUGCACCGCCUCCAGUCCCGAGCUUCGGUAACCCUCUGCCAGUAAAACCUCCGCCGGCAGUUGAUACUGCACUAAACUCGAGGAAAAAGAAACGAAAACACAACCAGUUAGGGCUAACGCCCAAAACCGAGGAUCAUGAAUCGAGUGAGGAGGACGACGUGGAUGAAGAAUCGAAGUUGGCGCCUGCUGCUGCUGAUGCUACAGCACCGUUGCGAUUCACCUACAAAGGACGGACGGCUACUCUUCAGUCACCCACAGACAUUGCCGCAUGGAUUGAGGAACGGAAGAAACGAUUUCCGACGCAAGCAAAGGUUGAAGAGAAGAAAAAGGCCAUGGAUGAGGCUAAGAAAGCCCGUGAAGAAGCUCUGAACAAGAAAAAGAUUGAGAGGCAGGAGCAAAGACAAGCCCAGAAGGUCGCCAAUGAUAAGCCAGAGAGCGUCAUUGAUCCGGCGGAUGCAGCUGCCAAGGCGAAACGAAAAGCUGACAAGCUUCAACGCAAGCUGCUGAAGGAACAGGAACGGGUAGCGAAAGCGGAGGCGGAUGCCGAGCGGGCUCGGCUCAAAGUUGAAAAGUUGCAAAAGGUGGCAAUGGAGGCGCGAAGAGGAUCAGAGUCCGCCACGCAGAAAAAUGAAUCUCAGGCUUCCGAAGUGCAGAUAGUCAGCUCCAAGGGCAACGACUCGGAGACUGGGGCUGUCCCUGAUGAGAGUUCUAUCGCACCCAUGGCCUCUGGGACAAUGGUAACAACGACGGAACCCGGUGACUCAAAAGAGAGUCGAAACGAGGGAUCAGCCGCGUCAUUUUCCGAUGGCUCAGAUAGCACCGACUGGACUUCGUCAAGCGGAUCUGAAAUAUCUUCGGAUUCCGACGAGAGCGGUGAUGAUUCGGCCCCCGACGAAGUGUCUUCUCGCCGUGAGGGGCCGGAGCGAGUAGCACCACCGCCUCGAGUAAAUAAGAAGAAAGUCUGUCGCCAUUUCGCCCGCAAUGGGCGCUGCUUGCACGGGGAGAAAUGCCAUUUUCUACAUGAGUUGCCUGAACGAGGCGCCAAAGCAAAACCUGUAGAGAAGAAAGGACGGAGGGGACUCUUCCAAGCCCUGAUCGAACGCCAGAAAGAUGACGAGGAUCGGAGAGCGAUGGAAGUGAUUGUAUGGCUGGGAGACAACGGAUUUCUCGAUGCCCCAGAGGCCGAGGAAAGGGCGACUGGACACUCUCAUACUGAUGAGAACAAAGAUGAGAGCCAGGACCCUCAGGAGGCGAAACACACAGUUGCUGCUGUCUAG